AUGGAAAUGGACAACGACGCUGAGUUUAUGAAUAAAUGUUUUAAAGGGGGAAAGAAAUUUUGCUUUUAUCCCAAAAUAAUAAACAUUGAACAAAAAAACGAAAAUGUUGUAUUGCAUAAUUGUAUUCAAACUUUGUUAUCCGAUCCAAUAGUUGUUUUAUAUACGGAUGAUAAUUUUAUAUGUACAGGGACGAUUACUGGAAAGGUGUGCAUACACAAAAUUACUAAAAAGGUAGACAAAGAAACAAAUACAGAGGAGGUAUCAAUAGAUGAUGUAAAAUCAGAGCAACUUGAUAAAAAUAGGAAUAAUAUUAAAAAUGAAGUAUUUGAAAAAUAUCAAAUUUUAUGCAUGUUCAGACCUAAUAGUAUAAAAUCAAUUUAUAUUGACAAGAAAUGUAUAUAUAUUUAUUACGAAAGUUGUAUUGAUGUUUUUUGUAUAAAAACAUAUAAUUUUAUAAGAAAAAUAGAUAUCGAAAUAAUUAAUAAUAAACAAGCUAUAUCUUUUGAAAAUUUGAUUUUAUUUAAUAAUUCAAAAAGUUUAUUUAUAUAUGAUAUUACAAAUAAUUAUAUGAGUUAUUUUUAUAAAAAUUUUUUAAAAAAUAUUGUUAUAUUUGAUUUUAAUACAAAUUAUUUAUUAUGUUAUAAAAAUAAUUUUGGAAAAUGUCAUAUAAGAGUUUUACAAAUUUAUAUAAAUGAUGAACAUUGUCAACAUGAAUUAAUUUUCUGUGUAGACUUUUCUUCAAAAUUUAUUAGUCAUGGGAAAUUUUUAGAUGAUGAGAAAAUUAUAGUUGCAAAAAAUGGAAAGCGUUUAAUUAUAUUUGAUUUUAAAAAAGCUGUUGAUAUGUAUAGAAUUAAAAAAUUAAAAACAAAAGUUUUAGACAUUUAUAAAUCAACAGAAAAUAUGUUAUUCAUAUUAGUUGAAAAUCAAAUAUAUAUAUUCAAUUUAUCAGCAUAUAUUUUUUAUAAAUCUAUCCAAUUACCUAUUGGACUUUUUUAUUUUAAAUGGCCUUAUUUUAUAAGAUACAAAAAUAAUAAAAUUAUUUUUUCAUCAGAUCGAGGAAUAUAUUACAUUGAUUAUCAUAUUGAAGAGAGUGAAUAA